UCUAAGCAGUCAGACAUGGCUGUUCCCGGGAGGAGACAGCGGAGAAGGGUUGGCCGGGGAAGGGGGUGGCUCGCAGGGGGCGGAGCGCUUCUCCUCCACGGGCGGUGUCAGCCGAAGAAAACGGGACAGAGGGGCAGAGAGAGGCCGACAGAGGGAUUCAUUUCCCCCGGUGGUUUCACUGAUCUGCACCAGCGGACUUCAGGUGUCAGAAUGUCAACACAGGUCAGUGCUGAGGAGAUGGAGGAGAUCACGGAGGCCUUCCAGAAAGUGGAUGUGGAUGGUAAUGGCUACAUCUGUGCUUCUGAACUGGGCACACUUUUCCACGAGGUGCGCUGUCCCAUGGCCGGAUACCAGAUCAGAGAACUCCUGCAGAAGCUGGACCGAAACAACGACAGUCAGAUCAGUCUGGAUGAGUUCACGGCUAUCUUCAAGGAUCUAAAGGAUGACAAGCUAGCCCAGGGUUUCAAGACGGCUCUGAACAAGAAGGAAGGCAUCGUAGCUAUCGGAGGCACGAGCGAGAUCUCCAGUGAAGGAACUCAACAUUCAAUCUCUGAGCAGGAGCGUUUUGCUUUUGCCAACUACAUCAACUCUUCUUUGGAGAAGGAUCCAGACUGUCAACAUGUUCUGCCCAUUAACCCCAACACUGAAGCUCUGUUUAAAGCUGUGGCAGAUGGCAUUUUGCUUUGUAAACUCAUCAACCUCUCUGUUCCUGACACCAUUGAUGAGAGGACCAUCAAUAAAAAGAAACUCACUCCUUUCACCAUACAGGAAAAUCUGAACUUGGCUCUGAAUUCAGCUUCAGCCAUCGGUUGUCAGGUCAUCAAUAUCGGAGCUCAGGAUCUGAAGGAGGGAAAACCUCACCUGGUGCUCGGACUUCUCUGGCAGAUUAUUAAGAUCGGACUCUUCGCUGAUAUACAGUUGAGCCGAAAUGAAGCCAUAGCAGCGCUGCUUGAGGAAGGUGAGAGUCUGGAAGAGUUGAUGAAACUCACUCCUGAAGAGCUGCUGCUGCGCUGGGCCAACUUCCACUUAAAGAAAGUUGGCAUGAGCAUAUCAAACUUCUCAGGAGAUAUUAAGGACUCCAAAGCGUACUACCACCUGAUUCAGCAGAUUGCUCCAGACGGCAGCAAGGAGGACGUUCCUCGAGUUGACAUUGAUAUGUCGGGUGUAUAUGAGAAGGAUCUCAUGAAGAGAGCCGAUUGUAUGCUGGUACAGGCCGACCGCCUGGACUGCCGACAGUUUGUAACGGCUACAGAUGUCGUUGGUGGAAACGCAAAGCUCAACAUGGCCUUUGUUGCAACACUUUUCAACAAGCAUCCGGCUCUCACCAAACCAGAGGACCAAGACUGGAAUGUUGCAAGUGAGACCAGGGAGGAGAGGACCUUCAGGAACUGGAUGAACUCUCUUGGAGUCAAUCCACAUGUUCACCACAUCUACGGUGAUCUGAUGGAUGCCAUGGUGAUUCUGCAGCUUUAUGAAAAGAUUAAGGUGCCAGUGGACUGGGACAGCAAAGUCAACCUUCCUCCCUUCAAGGGAGGAGGAGGCCAUAUAAAAAAGAUUGAAAACUGUAACUACGCUGUGGAACUGGGUAAAAACAAAGCAGGUUUUUCCUUGGUGGGAAUUGGCGGACAGGAUCUGUACGACGGAAAUGAAACUCUGACCCUGGCCCUGGUGUGGCAGCUGAUGAGGAGGUACACUUUGAAUAUCCUGGAAAACCUUGGAGACGGAGAAGUUGCUGGAGAUGAUCUGAUAAUUGCCUGGGUGAACAAGACUUUGGCUGAAGCCGGCAAGAGUUCAUCUAUCAAAAGCUUUAAGGACAAAACAAUCAGUACCAGUCUUCCAGUUCUGGACCUCAUUGAUUCCCUCCAGCCACAAAGUGUGAACUUUGAGCUGGUAAAAACUGGAAGUCUCUCAGACGAAGACAAGCUGGACAAUGCAAAGUAUGCCAUCUCCAUGGCGAGGAAGAUCGGCGCUAAAGUCUACGCCCUGCCCGAGGACUUGGUGGAAGUCAACCAGAAAAUGGUGAUGACCAUCUUCGCCUGCCUGAUGGGGAGAGGCAUGAAGAGGGCGUAACGGAGACACACAUGAACACACAGUCCACACUCACACAUGUACUGACUCGAUGAAGAGAGUGAACACAGCUUUAUUGUUUCGUUCCUUAAAGUGGUUUUUCUGUGGUGGCCAAAACAGAAGUGAAUCUACGGUAUUCUGCAUCCAUUGUGUUGGUCGACACCAACGACAUGGAGCUCAACAGGAAUUAGAAUUUUUAAAUAGCCACAGACCUAGCAGGAAAGUGGAACUGCUAUAAUGGCUACAUGACAUUAAUGUUUUGCUUUGGUUUGGGUAUUUUCUGGAUGUCGGUUUUGCUCUCAGCAGCCACUGCUGAGUGAUUCUCAGACGCUCACAGAUGUGAAUGUCAGUGUGAAUGUGUCUGAACUGGAGAGGGGGCGCCCUGUGACCCUAUGGAGCGAAACCUUGUUAAGAAAAUGUGUUUUUAGGUCUAGAAGCUAUGACACAUGGGAAAUAUAAAGACAGCCACCACUUCACAUAUCUCAGCCCCGUUGGUUUAGCUCAGAUUUUUUUUUCUUCUAAUGGAAUUUUGCUGCAGUCUUAUCUUUGCAUUCCUGCUAUUUUUCUCCAAACAAACUUGACAUUUUAUCAGUUGGAAUGCCUUAAAAUUCCCCAUGUGUCACUGUCUAAGUCCUGCUGUUCCUCCCCAUGCCAGCCUGUUCACACUAAGAGCAUUUAUUGUACUAAAGCCAUAAUAAUCUUUACCCUUUGGGCCUUUUUUAAAAGCAAAAUAAAUGACCAAAGCAGUGCUAGAAUAUAGUUUUUGUCUAGUUUAUGGACACUAGAAUACAAAGAAUACUUACUUUAGCUACUUUCAGGAGAAGUAUCCUGAGGAUAAUUAAUGGAUUGUAAUGUACUGAGGUACUUGUAAUUGAUUUUCUGUUUAGUUUAAGAGAUUAAAGAAACAUCUGUAUCUUAAUGGGUCUUUUUCAUUUUUUAAAAACACCUCCAUUACAAUCCAACAAUUGAUCCAUUAUUUAACCCCAAGUCUGGGAUUUGUAAACCUGAAACAGAACCAGGAAAUAAACUGGACUUAUACUAUAACUCUAAUAGUAUAAGAUCAGUGGAGAAGUUUCUUUUCAAACAAGAUGUAACACGUCAAAGCUGCUACUGCUUUCACAUAAUCUCAUAAAGAGAAGAUGAUAAAUGCCUGAAUUGUCUUCGUAGUUAGUGUUUUGCCCUCUAAAAUCACAAUGCUAUCUGGAGAUGAUUCCCAGACUACAGUAAAACAACGGCUCAAUUUAGUGACUUUGGUUGUUCAGGAGGGAAAAACUCCAACUAAGAUACUGUUGAUUUUUACCAUUUUGACUCAGUGCUGCAGUUAAAUAUGUGGAAACUUACGGAUGUUUGUUCCUACUGCUGCUGUUAACAUUCUACUUUUGCGAUGUUUUUUCCUCUUCAUCUCAAGUACUUCCCAAUAAAGCCCUUUCCAGUUGGUUUACUAUCUUUAUCAGUUGUUUGGAUUGUCACUGUGGUCAAAAAUGCAGUUUUACACGCGAGCAAUACUUCCCGAAUUCAGUGUGUACGAUCACUUAUCUAAAAUAAAAGCAUUUUUUUCCAGAAAA